AUGCGUGAAGUUGAUGAAAAUGAAGAAAAUUUAUUCGACAUCUACAUAUCAGGAAUGGAAAUGCGCCCUCCUGCACUAAAAACAGUUACUGUGGAAAAACUACAUAACUGGUUGAAAAAUGUGAAGGAAAUCAUCGACAAAUUAUUUGAUUCUCAGAAAGAACAUUUGUUCAAAAUCCGUUCGUCACCUCAAUAUGUUGAAAAGCUGAUUGAAGCCUUGGAUCAGAAGCGCGCUUUAGAAAGUCGUUAUGCGAAAAUGAAAGAGCUUGCUAUUGAGAAACGAAAAGAAGCUCAAAGUAGUGUGCAAAAAUCACGGCAAAUAUUGGAUGAGAUGUGUGCAGCGACAAAAGUGUUGCAGAAAGAAAUUGAAGCUGUGAUUUCAAAGAAGUACGGUGGAAGAAAAGUUAAUAUUAUGGGUGGUAUUAAUGCCGCACUUUCAGCUAUUUGA